AUGGCUGCAGAAAUCCCCUUGGAGCCUCCAUCGCGCUCUCUACGUGGCAAAGUCGCCCUGGUCACAGGCGCUGGCUGCGCCGGAGACGGCCUGGGCAACGGACGAGCAAUCUCCAUCAUGCUGGCCGACGAAGGCUGCAACGUGGUCUGCCUCGAUCGAGACCUGACUUGGGCCACUCGAACAGCAGAGAUCGCAAAUUCGAAACCAGGGCGCGGAGAAGCAGUCCCUACGCAAGGCGACGUGACUUCGUCCUCAGACUGCGCGGCAGCGGUCCAGCUCGCUCUUGAUACAUUCGGGCAGUUGGAUAUUCUAAUCAACAACGUCGGCAUCGCCGGAGCUUCAGGGACCGCAGUAGACGUCGACCUCGAACAGUGGACCACCGGCCUGGACAUCAACGUCACCAGCAUGGUCACCAUGGCCAAGCACGCGGUGCCAGUCAUGGCGCGCAACGAUGGCGAGGUCAAGGGCUGUAUCGUUAACAUGGGUAGUGUAGCCGGAUUGAAAGGGGGUACGCCGCAUUUGCUCUACCCUACGAGUAAAGGCGCGGUGGUGAACAUGACGCGCGCGAUGGCUGCGCAUCAUGCGGAGGCUGGGAUACGGAUGCUCUAUACGCCCAUGAUGUCUGCGAAGGGAAUGACGGAGGAGGCGCGCGCUGCAAGAAAGGCAAGGAGUCUGCUCGGAACUGAAGGCAACGGAUGGGAUUGUGCUGCGGCUGUGGUGUUCCUUGCAAGCGCUCAUGCGCGGUGGAUCACUGGUGCCGUGCUGCCUGUUGAUGCUGGCACGACUGCUGCUGUAGGCAUUGGGAUGACUAAAGCUGCGAGCGUGAAUGGAUAA